GCAAGAUGGAAAACUUAUGCUUCGUUGAUCCCGUAUCAGAUUUAGGUCUUUCAUCUCGUCCUUUAGCGGGCGUCCGGGCAACCAGGCCCCCCUGAUAGAACAGAUCUCAGUCGGGAAUAUCUUGGGCAAUUCGGAUAAUUGUCGAGGUCUACCUGUGUCCGUAACAGGAAUUUCUGCAAUUGAGAGGUCAAGGGCAUGAUCGCAACAAGAAGCGGCGGCCAAGUGGCUUGCGCCACAUGGUUCAAUGAGCCGCUGGCCAGCUCCUCGUGAGUCUGGCGUUGGGUAGAGCCUCGCUCUCCCUUUCGGCGGCAGAAUCAUUGACUCCUGGAUGAGCAAGGUUCGGCGGUAUGACGAACCAUCUGGCGGCGACACCACCGUAGUUGAUGUCGCGUCAGGUUUUGCAGCAGACAUCGUCUUCAUCCACUUCGUUCGCAUACUCAUCUCGGGUUCCACGAUCCAGCGUAACCAGCUUAUCGUGGCUGCCGUCGACACGCGCGCCGCACUGCUGCACGCGCCAGCUGACCGAUAUCAUCAUCUCUCGAACCCUUCGCUCGCCUUCUUCACCAAACGACAAGCAAGCAAAAGCCACAAAGCGCCAAGCAUAGUUGAGCUGCCUACCAAGGCUUGGCAAUCAGGCAACACCACAGCCAGCAAGAUGGCGACGUGCGCUCUGUACAAGCCAAAUGCCGGUUUUGCGCCAAAGUCACCAAUCGUCCAGAUGAACCCCAGUUACUGUGAAGGGAACGAACCUCCCGGCUGAGAUCUAGUAGGGAUCUCGUAUCGAUGAUCGAAGCUUCGGCGGGUGGUUGCGUCUUAGACACCAAUUUUCGGAAACAAUCAUCUCAGCUCCUCGAGGGAGAACAGCCGACGACGAAUUCAGCCUUGUUAAGAGUAUGCCGGGCCUGGCAACUGAACUUCGCGCCAGGUUGUGCAGCGUUAUGCGGAUGAUAACGUUUUUUCUGAAGCCUCAAGGGCAUGUAUACCUGGCCGGUUAUUAUCAGAGGGGGAUAGGACUCCUGAGUUCUGAUAUCCGCUAGUCGUCAGCUUGAAAACUGAGACGAGUCUUGGUUACCUUGUGGAGUUGGUGUGGACGAGCUCAAUGUCGUAGCAAGCGUCAAAGGGAAGUGGUCGUCGAUUGUGGGUUCUUUCCCUCGCAGGCUGUUGGCCUUUGCCCAUUGUUACUGCUACUUUUUGCUUACUUGCAGAUAACUUACAUUGCUGCUGACGCGUUGACUCUGUGAAGAACUUUCGUUUUAUC